UCGUUCAGUUUUGUUGUGUUUUGUAAUGGAGAAGAAAUCAAUCGUUUCUCGUCGUCAACCUCAAUGGGUUCGAUCGAAUUGCAUUGGAAAAGGCUCAUUCGGAACUGUAAGCCUCGCUUCCUUCGAAUCUGAUGGUCGAGUUUUCGCAGUGAAAUCUGUGAAUUCCAAUUCAUCCCUCACUUCCCACCUCGAAUCGUUAGAGAACGAGAUUCUAACCCUUAGUUCUCUUUCGUCCCCAUACGUGGUUCAGUAUCUCGGCGAUGACAUUACCCAGGAAUUCGGCAACGUCACUUACCGGAAUCUACACAUGGAAUACCUGCCUGGAGGCACAGCUGCCGAUGUGGCGUCCCAGUUUGGCGGAAAAGGUAACGAGCGUGUGGUGAGGUCCGUUGCUUGGUGUAUCGUGUCUGCGUUAAAACACGUCCACGCUAAGGGCUUCGUUCACUGCGACGUAAAGGGGAAGAAUGUGCUGCUGGGUUCCGGUUCGACCGCAGGCGUAGCGAAGCUGGCCGAUUUCGGAUCGACCAAGCGGUUCUACAAUGAGGGAAAGACGAUAUUACCCAGAGGGAGUCCGCUUUGGAUGGCGCCAGAGGUUAUUAGAGGGGAAAGGCAAGGGCCAGAGUCCGAUGUGUGGUCACUGGGUUGUACGGUCAUCGAGAUUAUCACAGGGAAACCAGCUUGGGAAGAUUGCGGUGCCGAUACGCUGUGCCGGGUUGCCUUCUCCGAUUCAGUACCGGAUUUCCCAGCUGAACUGUCGGAGAUUGGUCGUGAUUUUCUCAACAAUUGCCUGAGAAGAGAACCCAGUGAGAGGUGGACUUGCCAGCAGCUCCUCCACCACCCUUUCGUAUCGGCAGGGGCAGUAACAGAUUCAUCUCCUCGAUCGAUUCUCAACUGGGCCGCUUCAGAAUUCACCAGCGACGACGACGAAGAAAGUGAAUUUGAUUUCAAUCGAAAUGGCGAAACUGAUUCUCAGAAUUCAAAUUCCAAUUCUGGACGGUUAGUGAUCUCUGCGAAGGAGAGAAUCAGGGAAUUAGCCACCGGUGGAGGGGUAAAUUGGGAAUCUGACGGUUGGGAACUGGUGAGGUCGUCGUGCUCAGUUUGUAACACAGGAGUAUCUGAGACGGCGAGUGGUGGAGUGGACGAAGGGAGACCAGGGACAAGUUUGGAAUACUCGGAUUUGAGGAGUGUAAGAGAGGAAAAGGUCGGGAUUAGUUCAGAAACGUGGAAUAUUGUGAGGGAACUUGAGAAUGAAGGAAGUGAGGGGACAAGCUCGGAAUAUUUGGAUUCUAUCACUGCACCCUUUUCGCGUUACGUAAGUGAGAGCCAGUGGCCUUCUUACGUGAGAAGCAGCGAUUUGAGAGCCAAGGGGUUUUACAGUUAUAAGCUUAUGAAGGUCGUCUUCACAAUUACUAAACCAUUUGAAUCAUUUCCAGAGGCAUCUGAAGAGACAAAUUGA